ACAAGAGGUUUAAGAAGCAUGCCUAUAUUCAUUUAGGAGAAGACAAUCAUCUUGUGCUAUUCCAAUACAUUGGAGAUGAGAGAAUUGCUGAAGAUCUUCCUCAUGGUAACUCCAAAAUGCAUCUGUUCCAUACAUCUGACUUUGUCCAUCUGUAAUCAGAGCCAUCAAAGAUGUUUCCAGCAAUUUCACAGAAACUUUGACUUGUUUAAAUCGGCAAGCAGCUACCUCAGAUGUUCCAGAAGUAUAUAAACCACGGUCACGUCUUCACGUCAUGAAUACGAGAUACAGGGGGCAAAAAGACUGCACAAAGGAAAAUCACACCAACAGCCUGGACAAAACUGGAGAGCCUACGCUAUACAAUCUUGCAGUUGCUUUAAAGGACACUGAAGUGGAGAAGAUAGUACCUGAGAAAGGAAAAAGGAAAAAACCGAAAAGGCUAAAGAAUCUACAACACAUAGUUCGAGCAUCAUCUGAUUUCCCUGACAAUCAGGAUAAUCUACGGCCAACAGAAGACAGUCACGUGAUGCCAGUAAGAAAUCCUCAGACACCUUUGGACUUUGGUUUAGUAGAAUCAAACACAGCCUUAUCUACUGCUGGCAUUGAUAACACACAAGUGUUACAAUCAGAGACGGGCCAAACAGAUCAUCUUCAUCCUUUGACGUGUGAUGGAGCAAAUGUACCACAGACUAUAAGCAGAGAAAACAAGGACCAAGGAGCCUCAGAAGCGGUUGAUUUCCUUAAAACCAUUCUCCAAGAUCAAUGUAUUACCUCAAGCAAUUCUAUCUCUGCGAAUGCUCCUUCGAAACAUGUAAAGGAAAACGAGUUGACAUUUUCCUCAUCCAAAGAUGGCAGCUGUCAAAUCCCUUGUCAAGACGACAAACAGUCAAAUUCAGACAUCGCAGUACACACAUCAGGAAAAGAAACUGCACCAGGUCCUCCAGUGCUGGUAGAAAAUGACAACAGUGAACACACACAACCAGCUUCACUCGAAAACUUCAUUCACGCCAUUGUCAACGAUGGCAGGCUUGUGAGGAUUAUUCAGCUACUCAAUCAAAUUCAGAGUACAUGGAAUGUCAGUCAGCAGCAAUCAUAUUAUCAGCACAGAGCCGAUGAACACCGGGCUUUUUGAGCAUGAAGCAUCAGCUCACAGAUCAUCUGGGAACUCCUGUAUCAAAGAUAACGGCUCACAGUGGCUUUCAUCUUCUCUGCCUCUCACAGCUUCCACACUUAUCACACAAGUGAAAAAUCUAUGGGUGUCUGAUUUCAAUUUGACCAGUGACCUUCUUCUCAAAACUGAAACUGUUCAACAAAACACGAAUUCAAAUACCUUUCCACCUUUACUUGCAUCAUUAGUGUUAGGAGCAUUUCAAAUGCAAACAGACGUUGUUGAGUUUAUGGAAACUCUCAAAGAACGACCAGGGCAUUUAAAACCAUCAGGCAACGAUAUCACUGUAGAGGUCUCAAACCAAGUCCGCUUUAGCAUUGGCAGAUAUACAGUGGCUGGACAGGACCUGAUGAAGCUGAACAAAUCAUCAUGGCUUGACGACAGCGUGAUCCAUGCUUACCUGUAUCUGUUGGAAGAACGAUUCUCUAAAGAAGGCACGAAAAUAUUCAUCUUGGAAUGUUUCCUUGCUGAAUUCUGGGAAAAGAAGAAUUAUGGAGAGUGGUUGUAUAAAGAGGUAGCCCUGGUGGAGUACACGUGGAUCCUGAUGCCGAUGUGUCGACACAGUCACUGGAUACUGCUUGCUGCGAACAUAAGAAAUGGGGAUGUUUGUGUGAUUAACUCUAAACCCUCAGAGGACACACAGAGAAAUAUUUUUCAGCACUGGAGGGAGUACAUGGCCUGUAGAAGUCGGGAAACGAAAGAGAAUCUUUCUGCCUGGAGGGAGAUCCAGUGCCCCGUCUUCCCACAAACUGACGGCAGCAGCUGUGGUGUGCAUAUUCUUAUGGCUGCUGAGGCAUUGCUGUCAGGUGUCUGUCCUGCUGUCAUGAGGAACUGUCACGUAUCUGGAUAUCGGGAGUAUGUUAAACACCAACUUCUAGAUGCAGCAGAGAUGCAGACAAACAAUGAAGAAAUCAACGUUCACUCACCCGAGGAGGUGGAAAUCAUACAGAUCCCCAAUGACACAAGUGCCAGCAAACAAGACGUUGAGGCGGAAGAUAUUCGGAAGAGGACAUCCACACAAACAUGUGUGAUCGACGUCCACAAUCAAAGGGUCACCUGUGAAGAACUAGUGAGAGAUAUUUCUAACAUGGAGGUGGAACCUUCGACUGUCACGACACAAGAACGAUUAGAUAAAUGUGGAGGUUUGACUGACAACACAAACAUUAUUGUAACAGAGAGUAUUCACAACAGUGAAAACACGGGAAUAAUGGAGAUUACAGCAACAAGUGACAUGAUGCCAUCUGAACCGCAUGAUACAACACCAGGAUUGUGUCCAGAAGACAUACGUUCAUAUUGUGAAGAACUAUUUCAAAAUCAAAAAGUCUUCCUUUGUAGCCUUGACCCUUGUAUGCUUCAUGAAAGGACGUCGUCUGCCAUUAAUGGCUCUUGAUGACCAAAAAAAUACUUCCCCGCUGAAAGACUAUAUUAACUGGGGCUGUCAACUGUGUAAUUGUGAGGCAACUACAAACGCCGAAAUAAGGAAUGCGUUCCUUCGAUUAGAAAACCUUGUCUUGACAUCAGAACAGAACACGCUUGUCAUACUUAGGAAUACCGAUAUACAAAGAGCCUUAUCCUCAGUGAUUGCAGAUCACCUUCAAGAAUACAUUGACAUUAUUGAUCUAAAAUUCACUUACCUUCAUAUCAGGGUCCAUGAACAAGAUGGCGGUUUCUAUGUGUGUCUAAAGGGGAAAAUGGUUGAGG